GCGAGGCGUGGGCAGGAAGAGGCGCUGCCCCCCGGGUGGCUGCGGAGCCGAGCCCGGGCGGAGUGAGGAGAGGCGGAGGAAGAUGGUGGAGCGGGAGGCCGGACCAGCGGCCAGAGGGAAAGCUGCCCCCCAGGUUUCCUGCCCGACGCCGCGCCGCUGCUGCCCGCACCGGACCUGCUGCUCCUCCCGUGCGCAGCACUGAGGGUUGGGGGGGUUGGAGCGCCGCCGCACAAAAGCCUCAACACACAACAUGUCAAUAGAAUAAUUGAGGGACCAUCUAGAACCUGCCAUGAACCAUUUCGAGGGGCCACCUGAAGGAGAGGGCAAUGAUGAACUAGGAAGUAGAGAAGUGAAUGAGUCUGUAGAGGCUGACCUGGAACACUCCGAGGUAGAAGAAGAACAGCAACAAUAUGCCAUUCAUUACCCACGAUGUGCCAACAACAGUCAUGAAGGACGUUCUAGACAGGAAGAGGAGGGCACAUUAGCCCGGUCAGCCAGCACGGAGAGUGGCUUCCACAAUCACACUGAUACUGCUGAGGGAGAUGUGAUAGCCACAACAGAGGACAGUUAUGAAAGAGAUAGAGUGCUAGAGAAUGAGGAUGAGAGUGCUUAUGCAGUUCAGUACAGACCUGAGGCAGAGGAGUACACUGAAAAUGCUGAGGCAGAGCAUGCUGAGACUCUCCACAACAGAACUCUACCCAACCACUUGCACUUUCAUUCCAUUGAACAUGAGGAAGCCAUGAAUGCUGCAUAUUCAGGCUAUGUGUAUACCCAUCGACUCUUCCACCGAGGGGAAGAUGAGCAGUAUGCAGAGCCCUAUGCAGACUAUGGGCUGCAGGAACAUGUGUAUGAGGAGAUAGGUGACACACCUGACCUAGAUGUCAGGGAAGGUCUCAGACUCUAUGAGCAAGAGAGGGAAGAGGCUGACAACUAUCGAAAGGAAGCUCUGGGUGCACGCCUUCACCAUUACGAUGAGCGCUCUGAUGGAGAGUCUGACAGUCCUGAGAAGGAAGCAGAGUUUGCUCCUUAUCCAAGGAUGGACAGCUAUGAACAAGAGGAAGAUAUUGACCAGAUUGUGGCUGAAGUAAAACAGAGCAUGAGUUCUCAGAGCCUUGACAAAGCCGCGGAAGACAUGCCAGAAGCAGAGCAGAAUGUGGACCCUAAUAAUCCUCUUGCUAAUGUGCGUCCUGAAAACAAUGGUCAACCUCUUGUCAGCUCCAGACCCUCUGUUAAUGUGGGAGAAUCAGUGCAACGAUAUAGCAAGGAAAAAAGGGAUGCAAUAUCACUGGCCAUCAGAGACAUUAAGGAGGCUAUUGAGGAAGUGAAGACAAGAACAAUUCGUUCUCCUUAUACCCCUGAUGAACCCAAAGAACCCAUUUGGGUAAUGAGGCAAGAUAUCAGCCCAACUAGGGACAGUGAAGAUCAGAGGCCACUAGAGGGAGAUUCUCCAUCUCCUGAUUCAUCUUCACCUCAAGGUGCUGAAUCGUCAAGUAUGCAACAUCACCAGGAUGUCUGUGGUACAGCAGAAACACCCACCAAUAAGGAGUCAAGAAAAAGCUUGGCUUCUUUCCCAACUUAUGUUGAAGUUCCCGGGCCCUGCGAUCCUGAAGAUUUAAUUGAUGGAAUAAUAUUUGCUGCCAAUUACCUUGGCUCUACUCAGCUUCUGUCGGAUAAAACUCCAUCGAAGAAUGUGAGAAUGAUGCAGGCUCAGGAAGCUGUGAGCCGAAUCAAGAUGGCCCAGAAAUUAGCCAAAAGCAGAAAGAAGGCACCGGAAGGUGAAUCCCAGCCCAUGACAGAAGUUGACCUUUUCAUCUCCACACAAAGGAUAAAAGUGCUGAACGCGGACACUCAGGAGGUGAUGAAAAUGCCCUUUAAUUUGGAAAACGAAACUAUGAUGGAUCAUCCUCUGAGGACCAUUUCCUACAUUGCAGAUAUUGGGAAUAUAGUCGUCUUGAUGGCUCGCAGACGAAUGCCAAGAUCUAAUUCCCAAGAUAACGUGGAGGCAUCUCAUCCGUCUCAGGAUGGGAAGAGGCAGUACAAAAUGAUCUGCCAUGUCUUUGAAUCGGAGGAUGCACAGCUAAUUGCACAGUCCAUAGGCCAGGCAUUUAGUGUGGCCUAUCAGGAAUUUCUGAGAGCCAAUGGAAUAAAUCCAGAAGACUUGAGCCAGAAAGAAUACAGUGACCUUCUCAACACCCAGGACAUGUACAAUGAUGACCUGAUCCAUUUCUCUAAGUCUGAAAACUGCAAAGAUGUUUUCAUUGAGAAACAGAAGGGAGAAAUCCUGGGUGUGGUGAUUGUAGAAUCUGGGUGGGGAUCCAUCUUGCCUACUGUUAUCAUUGCCAAUAUGAUGCAUGGAGGACCUGCUGAGAAAUCUGGAAAGUUGAACAUAGGGGACCAGAUCAUGUCUAUCAAUGGGACCAGUUUGGUUGGCUUACCACUCUCUACUUGCCAGAGUAUCAUAAAGGGUUUGAAAAACCAAGCCAGGGUUAAACUGAAUAUAGUGAGAUGUCCUCCAGUAACUACAGUACUCAUCAGAAGACCAGACCUCAGAUAUCAGCUAGGCUUCAGCGUACAGAACGGCAUAAUCUGUAGCCUUAUGCGAGGAGGGAUUGCAGAACGAGGAGGAGUACGAGUGGGUCACCGAAUUAUUGAAAUAAAUGGGCAAAGUGUCGUAGCAACACCUCAUGAAAAGAUUGUUCACAUUCUCUCAAAUGCUGUUGGUGAGAUUCACAUGAAGACCAUGCCAGCUGCCAUGUACAGACUCUUGACUGCACAGGAACAGCCAGUUUACAUCUGAAGUUAAUUCUGCUGCUAAUGGAAGACAUUUUUCAUUUGUAGUGUUUUCUUGUGCUGCAUUUUGGUGUUUGCAGCAACAUUUCUCUUGCUCUUUUUACUCACUUUUCCUCAUUCCUCUGUGUGCAAGAUGACAUUUUGGGUUGCACCUUUUUACUUACUAGAGCUUGUGUGAUUCUUCACUGAGCAGAAAAAUAACCAAGAUUUUUUUUCUAACACACACGCACAAGCAUUCAGGCUAGAUCAUUGUCAUUUUAUGCUUUUGUGUCUGCUAAGAUGGGAAAUAUGUAUGUUGAAUGGAAAUAAAUGAGAAAGCUCUUUUUAUCAAAAUGGGAUUCUAAGCUGGGAGUAAUAAAACAAGAUAUUGAUCUGUUUAUCCUAGGACGUUGCUCUAAUAUUUAUGCUAGGAAAGCAACAAAGGGAUAAUUUUGCUCUGAGAAGUCGUUAAAUUCGAAAAAGACAAUUGGAUAACCCACCUUUCAGGUGGGCUCUGCUCUCCCAGUGUUGCUGGGUGUCUGUGUAUUGGGAGCCUGUUAGUGAGACAUUCUAUCUCAUGAAGAAAAGACUCUAGAAUUAAAAUAUGCAUAGUCUGAGGGAGAUGUGUUUUUAGAAUUUUCCUCCCUGGGAUCUAAGCCUUUCCUUCCUUCUUUUCCAAGAGUCCUUGAUUUUUUAGAUGCAGCUUGGGUUGUUUGGCAAAUAGCUUUUUUAUUCCCUCUUUUUCUCCAAGUUUGCUUGAUAAAAUUGAAAAUAUCAAACAGAAACAGUAUAGGAGUGAGGAGGAACACUGUCAAAUCUUAACUUUCUUUUUUUAAAAUUUUGGAAAUAUAUUUAUGUAUGUGAGCUAAUAUGUCACAUUUGAAAACUGUAUGGCUUUUUUUUACAGUCUGCAUACAAGUUUAAGAUUGUUUCAUUAUUCUGAGCCAGUUUAUUUUUAACAUAUCUUUGGUUCAAAUGUGUGUAUUUGAUUUUUUUUAAAAAAGGACAAAAUCUCUUUCAUUUUGGACCUUAUUAGAAUAGUGGAAGGUAUAAUUUAUUUUGUAAUAUAUGAAUAUAUAUAUAUAAAUAUGAAUAUAUAUAUAAAUAUAUGUAAAGUUAAUCCCACACAUGGGAUGCUAAGAGAGUAUGUUGAGUUACUGUAGAUGCUUGUGCAAUGAAAGAAUAUUCCAAAAAGUUUUGGUAAUGGUAUUUAAACAGCAGGUCAGCUGAUUGUAGUAUUUGUAGUAAAACUAUUUUGCAAACAAAAGCCUAGGUCCUGUGGCACCUUAAACACGUACACAUUUAUUAUGGCAGAACUUUGUGGGGUUUGGGCCCCAGGAAAAAUUCACUCACAAGUCACAAUAUAUGUCUUGGCCUUUAAGGUGUCCCAGUAUUCUCUGUUGGUUUUGCUGUGACAAACUUAACUUAGUUAUCCUUCUGAAACCUGUUUAAUAUUUGUGUAGGGGGUAGGAAAAAAGUAAAUAAGGAAUAAUGAGGGCAACACUGGUGUAGCAAGGGAAGGGGUUGGGUGUUUGCAUGUUGCAUGGAUGUGCAUUGCACACACUUUGCAUAGAUACGUGAUGGUGUAUUCCUUGGGACUUCAUGCCCUGCAUGAGUGUUAGUGUGUGAAUGCAUGUGAAUCCCACUCCCUACAAGAAACUUAAGAACUCUUAAGAGGAUGAGGGGCUCCUACUAUAAUAGAACCUUGAACUGCUUACCGUGACUGUGAUGCGAGCACAUUGUUAGGGAGGCAUAACAUUACUGUAGCACCUAGGUGUUCCAGACCUCAUGCAUCAUAGGACCUGAGAAAAUAGGAGCGUCAAUUCUUUAUUUGCAAAAGACUUGUAGAUGAUUAGAUCAUAUUGCCUAUCUUUUGGCAACAGAGAAACAAUAUGCAGUAGGUAAAAUAGUAUGUUCCAGUCAGACCAGCUCUGCAACCCCGUCCUUGGUACACCUGUACCCUCUGUAGUCAGUGGGCAGUAACUCUGCACAGGAUCAGCUGUACUUGUUUCAGUGUGACUUCAGAUUGACAGCCACUGAGCUGUCGAGUUUGAUCAAUGUAUUUAACCUCAGCGGGUAUGAACCUGGUCAGCAAACCAAGUAGCUUCAUGUUUGAAAAGACAUGGAACAAUUGAAUAUUUUAAAAGGUUGCAAUUUUUAAAGAACAAAACAAGAUUAAGUGGACCCUUUAAGAAGAUAGAUUUAUGUGCUUAAUUACUUUACUUAAAUCCAGUACCUAUUCAAAUUAUUUAGAUGUGAUACAGAUGCAGUAAGAGAAGAAUGAACAAAAGGUUCUUUGAAAAUAUGCCUACUCACACAUAGGGUUUUAACUUAUUAUAUGUGUUUCUGUCCCUCUCCUCUUUUUCUAGUUAGACUGAAGCAAAUCAGUGGCAAUUGAAUUUUCACAUCUAAAAUAAAUUAGGAAAAAGAAGCCAACCUCUUUUGACUUUGAAAAAAGUAGUAGUGACAUAAGAAAUGAUUAUAUUCCAUUUAAAAACAUUGCAGAACUACCCUGUUAAAUAAUAGAGAUACCUCAUUAUGAUCUCUGUGCCUCAAGCAAACGGGUUGUAUACCUGUCUAGAGCUCCUAUAUUUUAUAUUAGUUUUAAAUCUCACGUUAUCUAGACUGAGAACAUCCAAUACGGUGAAUUUUAAUAGACACCUGCUUUACAAAAGACCACACAAGUAAAGUUCCCAUAUGUGUAUGCGUAGUAUUCAUUUUUAUACAGUGUGUACUAUAUAUAGUUUAUAUUAGACAACAUACUCCAUUUCAUCUUACUACUCUCAAAUCUGUAGCUUUCUUUCCAUCAGAGAUACACCGUGACUUCAUUAUCUCUAUUUCUUCCUUUCUUCUUCACUCAAUCAACAGUGUCCUUCUAUUCUGCAUCUCUUCUGUUUCUGUAUACAGACCAGAUUUCCCAGAAAUUGUCUAAAUGAAGAAGUCAAAGCACUUGCAAUUUUUUUUUACUCCAAGAAGAGAAUUUACUUGCAUUUCAGGUUUGCUCUAUAGAGGCUUCUGUUCACAGACUUCCAUGAGAUUGAUCAGGAUAAAUACAAAUGAGAAUACAAUACAUAUUUUUUUAAAAAUCUAGCAAACAAAUGCUUGUAUUAACUUGGGGCAUGUUCUCAACUGCAAUCACCAUUAACUUAUUCAGAUGAAUAUACUCUGUGUGAAUAACUCCAUCAAUGCCCAUAUCUCUUCUGUACUGUUUCUUGUUACUUGAACAGAUGGUCUCUGUAGUUGAUGAAUAUGGGCUGGUUCAGACUCUUCAGUAUGCACACAUAUUGCCGGGGAAGGGGCAGUGAGUCAAGAAUUCAGUUGCACUGAUCCUCAGGUUUGCAGAAGCUGGGGGAAACAGCUCUUGAAGUCACAGAGAUCAGUCCAAGAAAUGAUUACUUACACACACCACCAUUCAGAUGAAUCAUUGACAGUUGAAGUGCUGUAUGUGCAUCAGGGAAAUCUAUCUUGUGAACCAAUUUCCAGAAUAGAACUGUAACAACAAUAUAAACUGAAAGGUGAUACAUUAGCUUGAAAAUUGAUGUUUUGAAUACUUAACUAUAGAAGCCGUAACAUUUUCUAUGGGAUCAAAGGAACAAUUUACAGUUGUUCCGGUUCAUAAAAAUCCAGCAAGUAUGACAGUUGCCUAUUUGUAUAUUUUAUUAAAUUCUACCAUGUUUACAAUAAGAUUGAAAUUGCCUCGCCGUUUACCAUUUUUUGGUGUGUACGUCUGAAUUACAUUAUAAUUUGCAAUAUGUUUCGCAAUUUUCCAAGUGCAGGGCUUUUGGGGAUAGGGAGGGGAGUUCUUUGUACUUCCAGGAAUAAAAAGAGAUCUUUGUUGGAAGAUGACAAGUAUGCGUGCGUGUAUAUACAAAAAAAGAGAGCACAGUACUAAAGAAUACUAAAUUGUACUAUUGUUCUGUAAAGAAAGUGAAUAGAAAUUAUUGAAAAGCAUUGAAGAAAUAUGGUAUUGUAUUUGUAACAAUAUUGUUCUUUGUAAACACUAAACUUGAUGAGCUCUAUAUAAAUAUAAAUAUAUAUAUAUAUAAAUGUGGGCCAGGAAUGUUGAUACUGCACACCUACUGAAUGUAAUAUUUCAGACUCUCGUCACAGGUGUCUCCCCCCCCCUUUCUCUGUAAUACAACUGCAGUGGUUUGGGGGAUUUCUUUUGUUUUUUACUCUAUUUUUGUUGGCCUCUGUUUUGUUGUGAUGUAUUUACAUGUGCUACAUUCCUUUAACAGAGUGCUGAUGUCUGUAAAAUUUGCAACAAUAAAAACAUACCUUUAAAAGGCA